GGACAGCAGCUGCGUUACGCUCAAACUCGGGCAAACAAUUGGGCUAGCGGCGUGAGCUUGCACCUCACAACUAUCAUCACACAAGUUAUUUAGAUACUGGCCUACCUUGGGCCAUCUCCAAAACUGCCUGUCCAGCCCGGGAGCGGCGGAGCUGUUUCGCCCGCGGUUUGGAGUGGCUUUACUCGUGCCGACGCAAGUCCUUGAUUUUUGCAUUAUAAAAAAAUUAUAGAGUACAGCUAUAGCAACCAACUUGGCAAUGGAGCUGCUGGCAUGGUCCAAACGCGGGAAGCUGGCGCCUUCUAGGCUCUUUGGAGCCCUGUCGGCUUCACAAGUGGCUGAUGCUCAAGUUGUGCAUCGCUUUGGCCGGACAAAUGUCUCCUAGUAACCCGGUUCACAAGCGAAGCGUGAAACGAAAGCAAAGGAUGCUGCGCGCCGGAAGCGAAACGUUCGAUGCACCUAAUUGGGCGCCAAGCGCGGAACCUUGCAGUCUCAGAUGCGUGUGUGCAUGGAAGGAGAAGGCUGGCGGAGGGGGAGGAAGCGGUAGGGGGGCGCGAAGUGUGAUGUUUGUCGGGGUAAGGUGUGAGGCAUUGGGCAUGGAGCGUAAGGCGGGCAUCAAGGCGGCAGCCGCCCCGCCCGGCACCGGAGCGCUCACCACCACCUGCGCCUCCGCCGCACCCUCCACCGCUGACUCUGCUCCUGCUCCCCCUCCUGCUGCGGAUGCUUCCGCUGGUAGCUGCACCACUGGCGUGUGCCGUGGAUGCGGUGGGUGCGGCGCCGCCAAGCCAGUCACCGCCGCCACCACCGGCGCCAGCGCCGCCGCCACGGCAGCCGCCGGCUCCCCUCCCGAAAUCCGCCAGACACCCCCUUAAAAAGUUAAAAGUACGUGCAUAAUGCUCUCCUAAAGCUCUGUAAUUUUGAGCAUGGGGUAAGAAACUGAGCUUUCUACCCCCCCCCUGCUUCUAUCAACCGGUUGUGCUUUCGGGGUUACAUGGAAGAGAUUAGGCUGGUGGGGCACAGUGGUGCACGGUGACAGAGACAGCCUUUCUUCCCUGUCUGGGUCAGGGGACAGGUUGUGCCGCCCUCGAGUCCGAAUCAAAUCGUUCUUUGCAGCAUCCCUCUUCAGGAUGCUGAGUGGAGUUGGUGUCGGUAGUAAAGGCCAAGCCCAACGCCCAUUGCGGCAGGGCCCAGGUGUGGGCGGAACGCCCGCCAAGAUGAGACACGAUGAGAGGCACGGCCGAUCGCGCCGAGUUAAGCCAUCACCACGCCCAGUGUUCCGGCCGGUUGUAACAGAUCAACUGUUACGAUCCCUGUUCGAGACAGGGCUGGGCCCUAACUUAUGCCUCUUACGAGUCUUCUAGUGAAUACGCGGUCACCCAAGUCUCAUCCGUUGGACAUCUCCAACCCCUUGCCAGGCUCUACAGUGAGUUAUGUCCGGGGUGGGCUAGGUACUGCUACCCCAGGGGAGAGCCUUCCCUGGCAGAGCCCAGGCCCUGCCGUAUUCCUUACCGGGUCGCACACCCACCGAAGUACCGAACCACGCGUCACGGUCUGGGAAUCAGCUGCACCCUACGGGACUUCACCAACCUGCCUUAACACUGUCCCAUACCACGCGUUACGUUUCUCCACGAUCCGCGGAACGGCGGAAACACGUAUUGACAUGUGUACACCCGCAAGGAGACCGCGGGUGGGUGAGAAUACUGCGCCUGCGCCUGAGAGCCCCGGGGCAAGCUGUCUCAUCCCCGAACGUAGAACUCAUAGAGUGCAGUCUGUGCAAAAGGGAAAGCGAGAUGCAAAGGACGAAGCAGGAGUCGUGUGACGCGUUAGCGUGGAUAAACGCCUGGCGGAUGAGAUCGGACAUGGCAACUUGGAAAUGGGCAGGUUGGUGUUAGUCCUGUGGACCUGAUAUACCCGAGCCGGUUGAGGGCCUCAUGUGCAAAACCGCCAGCGCCGGUCUGCUGGCCUUAUCUGGGUACACGCAGUACCGGUGCGGUAGCUGACGAUGCCAGCGUUAUUGACGAGUGUUGCGGAACUAAUGCGUACGUAGACCAGAGCGGAAGGCGGAGUGGGCUUGCAGGCGGCACGAGAGUAGGCAGUCAGUAGCGCAAGUUGCGAAUUCACAUGUUACCUCGUAACCGACGGUAAACGCUGCGGACGGUCGCGCCCAUGGCUGGCUGACGGAAGGUGGCUGCUGUAUUGGGAUGGCUGGGCUGGACGACGCCGGCCGGGCUGGCGUGCACGAUGUGCACAAACCGUUCCGCCU